AUGGCUAACCGGUAUUCGGAGUUGUCGCCGAGACCGUCGCGGACUUGUGACCAUUGCAAAGCUCGCAAGGUUCGAUGCAUUGAUGCCAGCUCCACGCCCCAGACUCAACGCAAUGGACUGUACAUUGAUCGUGUUCUUGGUAAUCCUGGACACGGUGGCGUCAGCAUGAAUGAUUGUUCGAUCUUCAAGAUUCAUGGCCACCAUUUGACAAGCUCGAACCUCGCUGUAUUCUCCGAAAAUAGGCUCCGACUAAUUUCGCAACGCCUCGGCCACAACCAGGUUCAAGAACUCAUCGAUAAUAUAACAGAUGUCAUCAAGACUCGAGCUACCUUGGGCAAAGAAAAUGACAAGGUCGCUGCCCUUCCAUUAUGGUCGAGCAAUGCUUCCACUGCACCUUUUCCUGUUUCAAAAAAAGAUGCGUCGGCAUACAUUGCAGCAUAUUUCAACUACAUUCACCCAUCUUAUCCCUUCCUAGACCGGCAAGAGUUCGAGCUCAAGGCUUCCAUGUCAAAUCUAAACGAAUUUCUAGAGAACCAAGCAGCGUUUUCGGCGUUAUAUCACGCGGUACUGGCCCUUGGAUGUCAAUAUGUUGGCGAGUGGUCUUUUGAUCCAGGAAAAGGGCAGGGUUCCCAGCUCUUUCAAGUUUCUUUGAGAUUGUUGCCACGUGUAUUGCUUCCACCUGACGAUUUGACUAGCCUCCAGGCCGUGACAGCGAUGUCUAUAUUCGGCAUCAGUUUGCCCGGCAUGCACAUCGAAGACACCUUGAUCAUCGAAGCGGCAAGGAUAGCUAUACGCCUCGGGUCCCAUCGUGGCAUCACCGCAGGUGGGGCCGAGUCCUUGCAUUAUAAGGCAUUCUGGGUAAUCUACGUACUUGAGAGGAUGACUUGCUUCUUUUACGGGAAAAGUCCUGUACUGGCCGAUUACGACAUUGGAUGUCCUAUUCCUGACACUCCUGAGUCAGAAAUAGAAGGGGUAAACUUUUUCGUCGUUAUUCUUCGCGGCUGCAGAAUACUAUCGAAGACAUAUCAGAUGCUGUUCUCUGCCAGCGCUACCAUGAACACAUCUGAACAGUACUUUGACGCCGUUGAUUUGAUCAAGGCCGAUAUAGAGCGAUGGACGGGCUGUAUCCCUGAGAAGUUCCGCCCUGGAAUGCCAUUCGUCGCAGGCAACACUUGGUUUACUUUCAUGCUUCUAAGGCUUCAUGGGGUGUAUCAUGCUCUUGUGAUUUCUCUUUGCCGUUUGGAGCUGCAUGUUGGGGCAGAUCAGCAAGGACCUCGGAUGGCAAAGACGAGAAAACUACUAAUGAACACAGCACGUACGGUAUUGCAAUUGACGACUUACAUCGAUCUGAAACCUUAUACCCCGUUGUGGAUGUUGGGGACCAUACCCUGCUCUGCGACGUUCAUCCUAUUUGACUUCAUCAUUCAUAAUCCGACCCACCCUGAAACGGAGGCCAAUCUUACACUCCUAGAUAUGGCCGCGGGUUACUUCGGCCGCCUUCAAUAUGCUACUGGGGGGGAUUUCCCAGCCCAUCUAAUGUCUGGGUUUGCACAGAUCGCGACAGACUUUGUUCGACGCACUCGCUUUGAGAGCAGCAAGGCCACUCCCAUUGCCGUGAACGACCUCAACCCCACGCUAACAACUGAGCCUUCGGUCUCAGUGCAGACGCCUUUAGAUGUAUUGCAACCUAGCAGCUUCACAAAAUUUUCUUUGCCGGAGGACAUCUCUACGGAACCACUGUUCUAUCCUGUCACAGGCUUUGAGUUACCUUUAAGCGAAGACUCAAUCACGGGAUUCAACUUUAGUGCCUUGUUUGAUUCCAUGAUGCCGGAAUUUCGACCCUAUUAG